AUGGCGACUCAGAGUGGUCUAACCCGCCGUCGGGGAGCAGGGAGGAGUACGGGCGAUGCCAGUGAUGGCAGUCGAGUGACAUCUCCAUCUCCCCACAAUGGAUCCGAUAACCGCGUACCUGAGACGUCGUUCAUCGGAGGAGAAAACGGGCACAAGAUUGCCUUUGAUCCGCGAGAUAUCAGCGAGAGCGCUGACAAGGUCAAGCAGCCAAAGUUGACGUUAAUGGAAGAGGUGCUAUUGCUAGGGAUAAAAGAUAAGCAGGGCUACUACUCCUUUUGGAACGAGAACAUUUCGUACGCCUUACGGGGAUGUAUUGUGAUCGAGCUGGCUUUCCGUGGCCGGAUCAGCAUGCAAAAAGAUUCUUCACGACGCCGCUUCCCGCUUGCUGAUCGGGUCAUUGAGGUUAUUGACGACACAUUGACUGGAGAAGUCUUGCUGGACGAGGCAUUGAAAAUGAUGAAAUCAAGCGAGAAGAUGAGUGUUAGCUCGUGGAUUGAUCUUAUGAGUGGCGAAACCUGGAAUUUAAUGAAAAUCGGCUAUCAGCUUAAACAAGUACGAGAAAGGCUUGCAAAGGGCCUUGUCGAUAAAGGUGUCCUUCGCACUGAGAAACGAAACUUCCUGCUCUUCGAUAUGGCCACCCACCCUGUCGCCGACAGCGCUGCGAAGGACGAUCUAAACAAGAGAGUUCGAAAUAUCUGUAGCAGCCGCACUGUCAUCUUACCUCCAACUCAAUUCCUUCCCAACGAUGUUGAAUUCAGAUAUUUGAGGACUAUAGCUAUGGUCUGCGCAGCUUACGCCGCUAAUGUUCUUGAAAAUUGCCUCGUUACGAUGAACCAUGAUGCACGAGAAAGAGCAUUUGCUCAGGUGGAUGAAUUACUUGCUGACUAUUCGCAAUGGCCGUUUUCAUUAAGGACAGGUGGUACACAAGGAAUAGGGGCGAAUUUGGCUCAGGCAGUCAGAGAAGAGCUUGACAAAGCCAAAGAUAGGGAGCUUCAAUUAGAGGUUGUGGCUGCAUGCCUAAAUGUGUUUACUCGUCUUGAUUCCCUGCUCUGA